AACCGUUAUCAUUUAUUCAGUUCAUUGGUAAAGAUUACAGCUCGUCUGUAUUAUAUUCAAUAUUCGAGUGGAAUUAUUUCAAUUUAAUUAGCUUAUCUUGUGCAAAUGACUCAUAUCUACGUAGCUUAUCGCUUGAAGAAACACCGUGCUUUCGAGUCGAUGAAGUAUUCGUUAUGUGACUAUGAACGUGAGGAUUUAUUUUAAAUACGUAUUGUGUAAACUACACGCUUCGAUGAAACCUUUAAUCAACGCACUGCUGAAGCUAUUCAGUCCAUUCAACGUAAUAACUGCCGGACUCGGAGCUCUAUUCAUAUGCUACAUUCUCCACGUCUACGGUAAUCUACACCUCAGAUACGUCUUAUGCAAACCAGAUUACUGGUCGGUGGAUUUAGAUAAUGGAUUCGAAGGAUUCGAUAACGUCAGCGGAUUACUCCACGGUCCUUACAUCGUUCCUAACUACGUACACUACAUACGUUACGGUCGUCCUUUGAAAGAGGUAAACUUCAUGGACGCUGUCAACAUCCUAGCAGCGUUCAAAAACCAGAAACCGGAUAAAAUCAUGUUCCAUACGGAUCAAGAACCGUUCACAGGUCCGUACUGGGAACGAUUGCUGAAAAUACCUAAAUUCAACGAAACCAUCGAGUACCAUUUCAUCCAACCAAUGCAGUCUAUUUUCGGCCAACCGCUGAGUAGUUGGAAUGGUCGAUGGCAUGCCAGCGAUGUACUUCGAAUACAGAUACUGCGACGUUUCGGUGGUAUAUUUAUGGAUAACGACGUAUACCUGGUUCAGAGCAUGGAUCGAUUCAGAAGGUUCGAAACAGCUCUCGAAAGUAUAGACGAAUUGGAUAUCGGUACGAUGACAUUGGUAGCUCAUAAAGAUUCGCGUUUUAUGCGUCUGUGGCUGGAUGAAUAUCGAGACUAUGUUCCUCAUUUGUGGUACUAUAACGCUGGUACCAAGCCUAAAAUCAAUUUGAUUAAUAACAGACCCGAACUGGUCCACGAUGCUAGAGGAUUUUUCGGUGUCGAGGAUCUACGAGUUGAACUAUACGUGCAGAAUUGGAAAAAAUGGAAGUCGAAGUAUACUAUUCAUACGUUAGUCAGACAUACUCACGAUCUACCUGCUUUAAUUAAAAAUAAACUAGGACUCAAGUAUCCGAUGACUUUCAAUCCACAUAAUAUAUUACAAUAUAAUGUCACUAUUCAAGAAAUGGUUUUAGAUUGUUGUAAAGAAUUAGUUUAUUUGAACUGAUUCGGUUGAUAGAUGGUUUCUUUAUAUUUUUUUUUUAUAGGUUUUAAAAUUUGUUGUUUUAGUAUGCUCUUGAAUGAGUUCACUAGUCUCGUAUACCUUCUUUAUUAAUAUUUUAUGUUGUUCUUAUAAAUUUAGUGAAGACUGAAUUACGUUUUAAGAUAAUGUUACUCCGAAUUCACUUAAUAGUUGAUUUAAAAACUCUAUUUGAUUGCGAUAAAUAGCAGCUAGAUUUAUUUAGUUUGUAUUUCCCUGGAGGAAUUUUCAGUUAUUUGAUUAGUUGUUAGUGUUUCACCAAUAUUAAUAUCUGUUUGCGGGCGAAUUUUUUUAUCAUGAGUAUUUUGACAGAUCUCAUAUUGUUUUGUAUUUUUUUUUUUUUUUGAAUUAAUAAUUUCAACUCCGUCCCAAAUUUUGAAAUAUUACUCGCCCUUAGCUCUCUUUAAGUUCUAUUACCGAUCAAAAUUGUACUCGUAGUUGUUAUCUUUUAUCUUGAAUCACUUGAAUCGUUUCUUUAAUUAUAAUUAAAUUCGGGUUGUAAUCAAUAAUCAGUAUUUCAUCGUGUUAUUAAUCUACUCGUACAAGAUGGCGAAUUCUUCUAUUUCUUUGUACCGAAAGUAAAAGCUUGUAAAUACCUUAACAUCGAUAUUAAUGUAACGUUGUUUUUAAAAUCAGUUCGAUUUUUUUUCCAAAUUUUUCUAUUGUGAUAAAUGUAUUAUUGUAUUUAUGAGUUUUGAUUUUGAAGAAGAAAAAAUAACCAGAGGAAAUGAGAUAUCACGUUUUGGUAGGGGGAAAAAGUGAUGAAAACAAGUGCCUAGUUAUCAUAAUGUACUUAAUUUAAUUUAAUUUUAUAUUAACGUGUAAGAAUUCAGAAUUUUUGACUAAAAUAUCCCAUGUAUUUACUACUUAACUCGAUUUUUAUUUUAUUUCACGAAAAAAUGUGUUAAUGGUUAUUUGUUUUAUUUUUUUUAUUUUUCAAAUCAAUUUACUCGAUUGAAUGAACCACGAACAUAAUAAGAUCAAUAUUUUGAUCAAAAGUUGUAUUUUUUUAAUAGUACUUACUUUGAUGUUC